AUCACGUUAACAUCGCUACCUUUCGUAAUAUUCAUGAGUAUAGAUGUCGUUAGAUAUGCCAUGGAUGGAAAUAUAGUAGAUUUUUUUCAGCAAACUAACCUUCUCGGACCAUUUCUUGGCAUCCUUUUUAAGAUUCUGAUUCAAUGUUACUGCAACCAGUAUGCGUUCGCAGUAAUAAACGAAAUCAACCGCGACUAUGCCCUAUAUAAUGACAUGUCGGCCCCGUAUCAGGCGAUCGCGGACGAAAGCAUCAAAAGCAAUUUGACGUACAGCGACCGAGGAUGGUUCAUAGCAGUAGCGUCGGUCGUGUUGGUUUUUCCCGCUAUGGCCCUUGCUAGAAAUAUGUACUGUCAGUUACAAGGUGUCAACCGAAAGUUUAUGCUACACGAAGUAAGAAUACCGUUUGUGGCGGACGAUGACAGAUAUAAAUCGCCACUGUACGAAAUUAUGUUUUUGUAUAUGGUAUAUAUCUGCUUCCUGUACCUGAUUGGAUUUUCCGGCUAUGACGCAUUUUAUGGCUUAUCCACUAAUCACGCAUGUUUGAAAAUGAAAAUCUACUGCAAAAUGUUCGAAGAAGCGGUAAAAGCUGACGUGAAUGAAGUACAAUCAAAAAUUGCUGAAGUUAUUAAAGAGCAAAAUAGACUUUACAGGUUCGUCAAUAUCAUACAAAACACUUUUAGUAUAUGGCUUGGUUUGAUAUUGCUCGCUACGAUGAUACAACUGUGUAAUAUCAUGUAUAUAUUAAUUGAUGGUGCAGGUUUUGAUUUUAAAUACUUAAUUUUUUGUAUUGGUAGUACCUUACAUAUUUUUCUGCCUUGUCUAUAUUCAGCUAAAUUAAAAGAUAUGUCCUUAGAAACAGCGACAUUGAUAUAUUGUGGUGGCUGGGAGCAGAUACACCGGCCAGAAAUACGGAGAAUGGUACAAUUCAUAAUCGCCAGAUCGCAGGUACCCAUGGAGAUAGUAGCUUUCAAUAUAAAAGUGUUUGAUAUGGAAUUGUUUGUAUCAAUUUUACAAGCUUCGUAUUCGGUAUACACACUACUACGGUCAUAAAAUUUCAUUGCAAAAAUCUAUUUUAAUCAUAAAUUUAAUUUAGAAUAUCUCUUUAACUAUAAAGUAGACAGAUAGAUCCGCUUAGAUCGCAC